CAUUCCUUCCUCCUCCUUCUCCUCUACCAAACCAACCAUUCCUCUUCCCCUACCAUACCCAUCCCUUCCUCCUCCUCUUCCAAACCCACCCAUUCCUCCUCCUCUACCAUACCAUCCCUUCACCCUCCUCUUCCAUACCCAUCCUUACCUCCUCCUCCAAUGCCAUACCUGUACCUUCCUCCUCUACCAAACCCAUCCCUUCACCCUACUCUUCCACACCAAUCCCUUCCUCUUCCUAUUCCAUACCCAUCCCUUCAUCCUCCUCUUCCAAACCCAUCCGUUUCUCCUCCUCCAAUGCCAUACUCAUCCCUUCAUCCUUCUCUUCCAUACCCAUCCCUUCACCCCUCUACAAUAUCCAUCCCUUCCUCCUCCUCUACCAAACCCAUCCCUUCACCCCCCUCUACAAUAUCCAUCAUUUCCUCCUCCUCCACUACCAUACCCACCCACCCUCCUCCAAUGCCAUAUCCAUACCUUCCUCCUCCUCUACCAUACCCAUCCCUUCCUCCUCCUCUACCAUACCCAUCCCUUCCUCCUCCUCUUCCAAACCCAUCCCUUACUCCUCCUCUACCAUACCACCUCUCCACCCUCCUCUUCCAUACACAUCCCUUCCUCCUCCUCAAAUGCCAUAACAUUACCUUCUACCUCCUCUUCCAUACCCAUCCCUUCAAUCUCCUCUACAAUAUCCAUAACUUCCUCCUCCUCUACCAAACCCAUACCUUCCUCCUCUACCAUACCCAUCCCUUCCUCCUCCUCUACCAUACCCAUUCCUUCAACCCCCUCUACCAUACCCAUCCCUUCCUCCCCCUCUUCCAUACCAUCCCUUCACCCUCCUCUUCCAUACCAAACCCUUCCUCCUCCUCCAAUGCCAUACCCAUCCCUUCAUCCUUCUCUUCCAUACCCAUCCCUUCACCCCCUCUACAAUAUCCAUCCCUUCCUCCUCCUCUACCAAAUCCAUCCCUUCACCCCCCUCUACAAUAUCCAUCAUUUACUCCUCCUCCAAUGCCAUACCCACCCACCCUCCUCCAAGGCCGUACCCAUACCUUCCUCCUCCUCUACCAUACCCAUCCCUUCCUCCUCCUCUACCAUACCCAUCCCUUCCUCCUCCUCUUCCAAACCCAUCCCUUACUCCUCCUCUACCAUACCACCUCUCCACCCUCCUCUUCCAUACACAUCCCUUCCUCCUCCUCCAAUGCCAUAACAUUACCUUCUACCUCCUCUUCCAAACCCAACCCCUUCAUUCUCCUCUACAAUAUCCAUAAUUUCCUCCUCCUCUACCAAACCCACACCUUCCUCCUCUACCAUACCCAUCCCUUCCUCCUCCUCUACCAUACCAAUUCCUUCAACCCCCUCUACCAUACCCAUCCCUUCCUCCCCCACUUCCAUACCCAUCCCUUCCACCUCCUCCAAUGCCAUACCCAUACCUUCCUCCUCCUCUACCAUACCCAUCCCUUCCUCCUCCUCAACCAUACUCAUCCCUUCACACUACUCUUCCACACCAAUCCAUUUCUUUUCCUAUUCCAUACCCAUCCCUUCAUCCUCCUCUUCCAAACCCAUCCGUUCCUCCUCCUCCAAUGCCAUACCCAUCCCUUCAUCCUUCUCUUCCAUACCCAUCCCUUCCUCCUCUACUAUACCCAUCCCUUCAUCCUCCUCUGCCAUACCUAUCCCUUCAUCCCCCUCCACCAUACCCUUCCCUUACUCCUCCUCCUCCUCCUCUACCAUACCCAUCCCUUCCUCCACCUCUACCAUACCCAUCCCUUCAUCAUCCUCUAACAUAACCACCCCUUCAUCCUCCUAUACCAUACCCAUCCCUUCCUCCUCCUCCUCCUCUACCGGGAUCAGGUGUUUGAUACAUG